AUGUUUGCCGACACUACGCACUCAUCCAGCUACUCAUAUCUCACCGAAUCCUACUCCUUAAAUAUCCCCGAGAUUAUACACUCGCCCGAGACAGAGUCAGAGGAAGAUAUGUGGUACCCAGACAUGGAGGAGCUCACCGACCAUAGCAUGGACCUCAACUACGAAAAUAAUGCGAACAAUGACGAGGUUAACGAGACCGUAUCUGCACACGACCUUCCAGCCUUGUCGGAUGAGCAGUCGGAGGAAGGGUUCAGGGAAAUGGAGCGAUACGUUUCGUGA